AUGACCAUCUAUGGGAAGGAAAAACAGAAGGUAUACGAGGCAAUACAUCUUUUGCACUGUAAAAUCAACCUUUCAGUUGAGGUGUGGCGUUCACCUGAAAAUUCUGAGUAUAUAUGCCUGAUAGCUAACUAUAUUGAUAUGGACUGGAGGCUGCAGAAAAAGAUGCUUAACUUUGUCACAUUAGAUCCAUCUUAUAAUGAUGACAUACUUUCAGAGAUUUAUGGCAGUGAAUCUCCAGAUCGCAUCAAAGAAGUUUCUGAUGGUAUUAGGGAACUUUUUAAUGAGUAUGCUGUGGGCUUAGCUUCCCUCGAUCAAGAUUCAUCUCAGUCUGGGGGCAGCUUACCUGGUACUAGCAAUGUUACCAGAGAUAAACUAAAAGGCUUCGACAAGUUCCUAUACGAAACUUCACAAAAUCAUAGCAUGACUCCAGAUUUGGACAAGAGUUCACUCAGUCCUGAUACUAGAGAAGCUUUGAUAUGUGGGCAGGAUUGGUUGAGAACCAAAUUAGAAGUAACCAACCUUCCCGUGAGCAAUGCUGCAGUACCAUUUGCUGAAACAAGAUGA